AGCGGCAGGAAUAGACCACAAAAGCCAGAAGCCCGACAAAACGCCAGACAAAGCAUCAAUGCUGUAAAUUUUCAACUGCAAUUAUUUCUCCAUGAAAGCAAGCAUGAAUUCCGUUUAUUUCUGCGGACGUAUUUAAAUAUUUGAGAUCUAAUCAUGUGGAGCGGAUAUUGUACGAAAAGACUGGGAUAUGUAUGGCCAUCCAUCCAUUUUGUGUUUCUCCUGUCAUUGUGUGAACGGACUACUCAGAUUCGGUACCCCAUCCAAGAAGAACUGCCGGUCGGCACCAUAGUUGGAAAUAUAGCUAAAGACAUGGGAUUCGAUAAAAGCCGGCUGGUGGAUCGGAAUCUACGUAUAGUGACGGGAGCAAAGCAGGACCUUUUUCAGGUAAAUCAAAGAGACGGCGCCCUAUUUGUUAACCAGAGGAUAGACAGAGAGGACCUUUGCGGUAAAACAUCUCCAUGUUUGAUUAAUCUGAAAGCUGUGAUAGAAAAUCCGCUGGAAAUGCAUCAUAUUACUGUAGAGAUUUUAGAUGUCAAUGAUAAUUCUCCGAGUUUUCCAGACAAAAACGAUCGAUUAGAAAUUCCGGAAUUUACCGUGACAGGAGCACGAUUUCAGCUUGAAGAAGCGCAAGAUCCAGAUAUCGGCCUGAAUGCUUUGCAUUCAUAUAAGCUGAGUCAGAACGAGCAUUUUCUUUUGGAAACAAAGGAUUUGAGAAAAGAUAGUAAAAUCCCUAUUUUAAUAUUGCAGAAGCCUUUGGAUAGAGAAAAUAUAGCACAAUAUAAUGUAACACUUACAGCUAUAGAUGGUGGCAACCCAUCCAAAUCUGGUACUCUAAAUAUUACUGUGAUUGUUUUGGACGCUAACGACAAUGCGCCAGUGUGUGACCAACAACAAUAUACAGUUAUAGCAAAAGAAAAUGUACCAAUCGGAACUUUUUUAUUAAAAAUCAAUGCCACUGACUCAGAUGAGGGACUUAACGGUGAAGUGGAAUUCUCAUUCAGAAAUAAAUUCAGAAGCAAAGCUAAUGAACUUGUAGAUUUGGACUCCGAAACCGGAGAAUUAACAGUAAAGGGGCUAAUUGAUUUUGAGGAAAGUAAAAAUUAUGAAAUAAAUAUUGAGGUCUCUGAUAAAGGAGCAUUACCACUGAAAACACAAUGCAGCGUAUUUUUGAAAGUGGAGGAUGUGAACGACAACAGGCCUGAGAUAGACAUCACCUCUUUGUCCAGUCACAUUCCCGAGAACGCGCCUGUAGGUACCGUGGUGGCGCUGAUCGGAGUAACUGACUUGGAUUCAGGUUUGAAUGGACAGGUAGUUUGUACACUGCCCGAAGGCAUGCCAUUUGAACUGAAACAUUCGAGUGAGGACCAUUUCUAUUCAUUAGUUACAAAGAGCCGCUUAGACAGAGAGUCAAUGGCCAAGUACGAUAUAACAAUAACAGCGAGGGACCUGGGAUCCCCUUCGUUAUCCUCCGUUAAGACAGUCCGCGUGGAAUUAUCAGACGUUAACGACAACAGACCGGUCUUCUUACAGAGCCCCUACACCUUCUACAUGAUAGAAAACAACGAGUCUGGGAACUCUGUUUUCACUGUAAGUGCCUCGGAUGCAGAUGAGAAUGAAAAUUCCCGAAUUACAUAUGAACUUGAGAACGCAAUACCAGGUCAAAGUGUAACAUCUUUCUUAAACAUUAACCCAGAUAACGGGAACAUACAUGCAUUGAAAAGCUUUGACUUUGAAACAAUGAAAACCUUCCCGUUCCAAGUAGUACUGCACGUAGAUAGCCUACGGAGUCGGAACACAUUAACCUCGUAA